AUGCAUGUUCGAGACGCAACCGGCCGCCAGGUCUCCCUUCUCAACGAUGAGCCGUCAAGUGCCCCUCAGCGCCUAAGCUAUCGCACUGCGAAUCACAUCAUCUCACAGCCUUUCCACCCUGCGCCGCGCAGCAACUCUUCGUCGCCCCAUACCCCAGAGCUUCUCCGGUCAGAUUCCUACGACUCGAACGCCAGUAGCGACCCCAUGUCCCCUCUGACGCCGACCUCUUACGACCUUGCGCGAGCCAGUGCCUUCGCUUCCGGCCAGACAAUGUACGACGAGUUUGAAAAGCGUCCUGCUUACGCCAACAACAGCCGCGCAAAUUCAUACGAGGACGAAAGCUCAGCGACGUCGCCGAUGCCUGAACGUCCGGGCAAGAGGUACCCGUGUCGCUAUCGCGAUUCUCACGGCUGUGAGAAGACAUUUACCACCUCCGGACACGCCUCCAGGCAUUCUAAGAUCCACACCGCUGAAAAGGCGGUUCAAUGCACUUUUUACGGCUGUUCAAAGAAAUUCACUAGGGCGGACAACAUGAAGCAACAUUUGGAGACUCACUAUAAGGACAAGUCGCGUACUUCGGCUUCGGCGGCCAAGGCUGCUGCGCGCUCAUCACUCGGCGCCCUUUCGGCUUCCGGUCGUCGCUCUUCGUCGUCUUCCAGAAAUGUCUGCAGUCGUUCCUCCCGCGAUCAACCCAUGUGGGACACCGAGUCAUAUGGAUAUCCUCCUGGCCAAGCUCCUUUGCCUUCCCCUGGUGCUAAUGGCGCCUGGGAUAUGCGUGGCUUGAACCUGCCUCUUCUCAGCCGCCCUACUGCAACUAGAACCCCCAGCAGUGGGCUGGAUGCCCUCGCCAUGGCGGUAGCUUGCCAGGAGGGCGCUUAG